AUUCCUGACAAUGGAGCAUUGAAUUAGAAUUUUUUGGUGUUUUGUUUUCUUUUCUUUUCUUUUCUGGCUUCUUAAUUCCAGCAAGAGGCCAAGAAAAGGAGAGGGAAAGAAAAUAUAAUAUCAAAAUAUUGGUUACGAAUUUUUUCGUGAUCAUUAAAAAAAAAAAACUUUAAAGAUGGCAAGCAAAUUGAAGAAGGCGAUUGGGGCAGUGAAAGAUCAGACGAGCAUUAGAUUAGCAAAGGUUUCCGGCAACAAUUCCUGGAAUCUUGAUGUCGCCGUCCUGAAAGCCACCACCCACGACGAUGUUCCGGUGGACGAACGCUACGUGUACGAGGUGCUCCACCUGGUGUCGGCCAACAAAGUGUACGCGGCGGCCUGCGCGCGCGCCAUCGGCAAGCGGAUUGGGCGGACGCGGAACUGGGUGGUGGCGCUCAAGUCAUUGAUGCUGGUUCUGCGGAUCUUUCAGGACGGCGAUCCUUAUUUUCCCCGAGAGGUUCUGCACGCCAUGAAACGCGGAGCUAAGAUUCUCAACCUGUCGAGUUUCCGGGACGAUUCGCAUUGCAGCCCGUGGGAUUUCACGUCCUUCGUUAGAACAUUCGCGCUGUACCUAGACGAGCGUUUGGACUGCUUUCUCACCGGGAAGUUGCAGCGGAGAUACACGUACCGGCCGGAGACGGAGGAUUCCGUGGGGCGGAGCAAAAAGGUGAACGUGCCGGUGCGGGAGCUCAAGCCGGCGAUGUUGCUCGAUAGAAUUUCGUACUGGCAGAGAUUGCUGGAGAGGGCGAUCGCCACCCGGCCGACCGGCGCGGCGAGGACGAACGGAUUGGUGCAGAAAGCUCUUUACGCGGUGGUGCUAGAAAGCUUCGAUCUGUACAAGGAUGUUUCCGACGGGCUGACGCUUAUCCUCGAUAGCUUCUUCCAUUUGCAGUAUCAAUCUUGCGUGAUUGCUUUCCAGACAUGCAUGAAAGCCGCGAAGCAGUUUGAGGAGCUAAGCGCAUUUUACUCUUUGUGUAAAACCAUGGGCGUCGGCCGGUCAUCGGAGUAUCCCAGCGUCCAUUCAAUCUCGCCGGAGCUCAUCGAAACCUUGCAAGAAUUCCUCAAGGAUCAAUCAAGUUUCCCGCCGCCGACUAGUAACCGUUCCGGUUUGCUUCUCUGGGAGCCGUCAACUCCCAGCAGCGCAAGGUCCAUAAGGCACGAAAGCAAAUUUGAAUUAUCCUCUACGUCGGAGAGAUGGCCGGAAAGAAUGUCGACUGAAGAACACCACAGUACACAACGGUGCACCUCCUUAGAGGAUCUUUUAAUCGCCACGGCGGAGACAAACGCCAAGACUGGCCCUCCAAUUUCCAUUGAUUUGGAGGCGUACUCUGAUCAGUUCGAGAAGCAAUCGUUUCGGCUGAGCGACUCCGGGUCUACAAGAUCCCUGCCGGUAUCGGAUUCCAUGGCGGAUCUCUUAUUCUUAGAUGACUGGAAGCCCGACACAGAUCAUCAGAGCAGAGAAGAUAAUAAUGACGAUUCUUCCAAAGGAUGGGAACUCGUACUGGCCGAAACCAUAACAUCAUCAUUAUCAUCAAAGACCUUCAAUGAAGAACAAGAAACCCCCGCUCGCGGCUCAAGCAGCGGUUGGGAGCUCGUGUUAUUCGAAACACCGCCGCCACACCGGUCGGAGACAUUGUUUGACCAAAACCCACUGUCAUUGCAACCUAGUAACAACCUAAAUCGUUUGUCUUUGGAUGCAUUGUACGACCAAUAUCCACUCCCGGUAUCCCACCACUACAAUCCUUUUCUCGAAGACGAAUUUCCCAUAAUACCAACCAUGGUUUCGCCAACAGCUUUCCCUACCCACAUAUUUUCUCCUUCUUCUUCUUCAGCUCCGUCGCCGACAUUUCUUGCAACUCCCACAUUCUCUGCUCAAAAUCCCACAGAAACACAGUACGAGAAUGACCCUUUUGCAACGUUUUCCGACAACAACCUAGGAUUCACCGGACCAAACAUGACCCAACAAAACUAUCUUCAUGAACAACAGCUAUGGUUACAACACCAAAACAAGAUCAUAGCAAAGCAUAUGGCUUGAACAUCAUCAUCAUCAACAUCAUCAUAUCUCAGCUCCAUGUAUCAAAAGUUACAGCGAGUUUAUAUAUCAUUGUAUGUACAUUGCCAUCCAUUUUCCCUCUUUCCCGAUAUAUCUCUAACAAGCUUUCAUCUUAUACGGAGAGUUGUGUACAUAUGUUGUAUUAUAAACCUCAUCAAACAAUAUUUUUACUGUAAUUAAAAU